CCUGCCAGCAUCUCACACACAGUUUAGACAUUGCAAGUGACGGUCAGCUCUUUAAUCUCUGCAGAGUGACCACACCAGCACACAGGACCUGUUCCAGUGCGAGGCCAGUCUGUGCAGAGGAGUGUUUCUGCCCUGGGCUGCAGGGAGCACUUCAUCCAGGCUCUGCAUUUCCUGCCCUGCCAGGGCACACAUUCAGAGCUCAACCCUGACACCAGAAGUCUCUUUUCUUUCAGGAGCUGGUCCCCUGUUACCAUACUGAGCCCAUUUGGGUAAUCCAAGAAAACCUUGGCAUCUGAAGAUCCUGAACUUCAUCAUACCAGCAAAGUGCCCUUUUGCUAUGCAAGAUGUUCCACUGUUAACCACUAUGGAUCAAUUCAUAUGUGACUUCCUGGUAGGAAAGAAUUUUCAGCAACUGGCCAUCAACUUUAUCCCUCACUAUACCACAUUAGUCAAUAAGACAGGGGGUAUCAUUGCUUCAGAAAACCUUGAUAGAAUUCAAGCAGCCCUUAAGGAGGCCAAGCUAAAAGAUGUGGCUGACAUAAUUGAGGAAUCACUUGUGGCAGCAGAGAAUGCUCCUCUGGAUGUGGCUGUGAUUGGGGAAUCUGGCACUGGGAAGUCCAGUUUCAUCAAUGCCCUGCGAGGACUUAGUUGUGAAGAGGAGGGUUCUGCAAGUGUUGGAGUCGUGGAGACAACCAUGAAGAAAACUCCCUAUCAACAUCCAAAAUAUCCCAAGGUGACCUUCUGGGACCUGCCUGGAACUGGAACUCCCAAUUUCUAUCCACAUGAAUAUCUAGAAAUGGUGGAAUUUGCUACAUAUGACUUCUUCAUCAUUAUUUCUUCCUCCCGGUUUAGUCUCAAUGAUGCUUUGCUGGCCCAAAAUAUCAAGGAGAUAGGCAAGAAAUUCUACUUUGUUAGAACCAAGGUGGACAAUGAUUUAUAUAAUGAAGAGAAAAGCAAACCCAUGUCUUUCAAAAGGGAGAGAGUGCUUCAGCAGAUACGAGACAACUGCCUGGCUAAUCUUAGCAACAUUGGAGUGCCUGAGCCAUGCAUCUUCUUGGUCUCCAACUUUGACCUGGACGACUUUGAUUUCCCAAGACUGGAGGAAACCCUGCUGAAGGAGCUCCCUGUUCAUAAGCGCCACACCUUUGCACUCCUGUUGCCCAAUUUAUCUGACACUUCCAUUGAAAUGAAGAGAGCUUUCUUCAAGGAAAAGAUCUGGCUGGAUGCCCUGAAAUCAUCAGCUUUGAGCUUCAUCCCCUUCAUGGCCUUCUUUAAUGGCUUUGAUUUUCCCCAGCAGGAAAAGUGCUUGAACCUUUACCAGAGCCAUUUUGGUUUGGAUGAGAAGUCGGUCAAAGGGAUUGCAGAGAAGCUGGACAUGUCUGUGGAGGAGAUCAAGAGUUUCACCAAGUCCUUGGAUUUCUGGUUACUUGUGAAGGAUGACAGCAUAGCAGAAAAAGCCAUGAAGUGUGUUGAAUGCUAUUGCUCAGUAAAUGGAGGCCUGCCAUCCACUAUCUUCCAGUUCUUUAAAAUCUACUUUCUACAUUUGAAAUUCAUCAAUACAGUGGCGGAUGAUGCUAAAAUUCUUUUGCAUAAGACUUUAGAGAUCUUAAGUCGCAGAAGAUGACAGAGAGAUGAAUGCCUAACUCAAUAAUAAAUAGGCCUAAGAUCUUGUGUUCUGUAAGUGGGGAUGGGAUCCUUUUCCACUUACCACCAAGGCCAGAUCUUCCCUAAAGUGGCAAGAAUAUCUCUCCACUGGAAAAAAUGCAUUGUUCCAUAUUGAUACUCCCCUACUAUGCAAAGAGGAUUUAACUAUGGCUUCUUUCUUCAUUCCCUGGGCUAUUUUGACAAAAUCAUGACAUAUAUACACCCCAUAGUUUUUAUUAAUCUCCAUGUAUUAUGAAGCAGUUUACAUUUGCUUCAUUUAUUUUCAGAUAAUAAAUGUUGGUAACAACCAAGAUAACUGUUGUCCAUUGGUUUUUCAUGAAUGAGUUUCCCCAAUCAUCAGAUCAAUACCCUCUUCACCAGAGUAAGGUCAAUUCAUGACUAUGGGCACAUGUGCAAGUGAAUAAUUUAGUAUGUAAUGGGGCACUACAGCAUGGAGGAGGAAGUUGAAAGAGCAUUAGGGAAAUGUUCUAGGAUGUCAUAUUUUUAGAUACUAUAGGGGAACAGAGAGAAGGGAACAAAGUUAGGGUUUAUAUUUCUAAUGCUUUCCAAACAUUAGAUGAGAUGAGAGACUUGUGAACAAGAUACAAUGAGGGACAUGAGAUAUGAGAGAAUGAAGGUGAAUUAAGAAUGAGCCUGGAUCUCGUUCUAGGGCAAGGAAGAGAUCAUCUAAGUCCAAGUCUCAUCGUUCUCAAACACGUUCAAGGUCCCGUUCAAGACGCAGGAGGAGGAGCAGCAGAUCAAGGUCAAAGUCCAGAGGAAGGCGCUCUGUAUCAAAAGAGAAGCUUAAAAGAUCUCCAAAGCACAGGUCGAAGUCCAGGGAAAGAAAAAGAUCAAGUUCUAGGGAUAACCGGAAAACACUUAGAGCUCGCAGUCGCACCCCAAGUCGUCCGAGUCGGAGUCACACUCCCAGUUGCCGAAGAAGAUCUUGAUCUGUGGGGAGGAGGAGCUUUAGUAUUUCCCCGAGUCGCUGGAGCCGCACCCCGAGCCGCCGGAGAUCAAGGUCUGUGGUAAGGAGACGAAGCUUUAGUAGCUCACCAGUAAGAUAAAGGAUCACGAACACCCUUGAGAAGAAGGUUCAGCAGAUCUCCCAUCCGUCGUAAACGAUCCAGGUCUUCUGAAAGAGGCAGAUCACCUAAACGUCUGACAGAUUUGUAUAAGGCUCAAUUACUUGAAAUAGCCAAAGCUAAUGCAGCUGCCAUGUGUGCUAAGGCUGGUGUUCCUUUACCGCCAAACCUAAAGCCUGCACCUCCACCCACAAUAGAAGAGAAAGUUGCUAAAAAAUCAGGAGGAGCUACUAUAGAAGAACUGAGAAAUGCAAACAGAUCGCACAGAGUAAAGAAGAUGAUGAUGUAAUAAGCCUCAUGUUUCGGAUGAAGAGGAAGAACCUCCUUUUUAUCAUCAUCCCUUUAAACUCAGUGAACCCAAACCCAUUUUUUUCAAUCUGAAUAUUGCUGCAGCAAAACCAACUCCACCAAAAAGCCAGGUAACAUUAACAGAAGAAUUUCCUGUGUCAUCUGGAUCUCAACAUCGAAAAAAAGAAGCAGAUGGUGUUUAUGGAGAGUGGGUUCCUGUAGAGAAAAAUGGUGAAGAAAACAAAGAUGAUGAUAAUGUUUUCAGCAGCAAUUUGCCCUCUGAGGGCAGGUUAAACGGCAGGGCCAGGUUAGACAACAAAUGAAACAACCCGCAGCUUCUCAUUUGACAGUAACUCGAUACAAUUCACUUUGUGGAACCAAGCCACAAAGUGAAAAGCAUCGAAUUGCAGAGAACAGUGUUAUCACAUCCUUACCCAACAUUGGGCCCUCCUUGCACUUAUGGGAAGGUAGCCCAAGCUACAACUAUUUAGCUUUCCGUUUUGCUUCAAGGCUCUAUAGCUCUAGAUUUUGGUGGUAGCAAAUUUAUUGGGUGGAGGGAUCGAGCAGAGAGAGGCAGAUCCUCAGGUUCAACACAAGAACUGGAUUGGAAAAGGUCAUUGUAGGCUGAUGUGUGAGCAUCUUGGAUACAUAGCCCAUUGCCCUUAAACAAUGGUUUCUUUGGGUUGUUUGUCAGAUAGUCUUUAAUUUUAAUCAUUUUCCCUUCCCUGUGCUACCGUGGCCCUUUGGAAUUCUUGUGUUUAACCUAAUGCUGAGCCUUGGUACUCCAUUUCCCUUCUCCUUCCCCUCUUUGCUACUAUUAAAAAUUGGAGAAGUGGAAUUUACACCUUGAAAUUUCCAUGAGGCUAUAGUUGUAUCUUG